AAUUUGUUUAUCAAUAAAGUUGGGAUAAAACUCCAAACGGUUAAUGCUAACCGAUAACCGUCGGCAUUUUUUUCGGCAAAUUAGCGUAAAAAUAAGACUUGAAACUCGGUUUAUCGGCACAUUACCGCCUCCGUAUGGCCGGUUGGACUCCGUGUGUCCACACGGCGGCGCCACAAAGCUGAACCACUUUCCCUUGCCGUCUAUUUUUGGCCGGGCACGCCGAGUGUCGGGUUCCAUCAGGCCGUCAGCUCUCCUCUCUGCCCCCCCUAGCCUCGCCAUGUUGUCGGCUUAAAUCUGGUGGCCAGUUUUCUGAGUUUACCGUUGGAAAAAACUUUUUCUCAGCCUGAGUGACAGCCUAAACAGUGGAAAGAUGUCGAGUGUGUCCUACCACAUCUCCAACCUGUUGGAGAAAAUGACCUCCACUGACAAAGACUUCAGGUUCAUGGCCACCAAUGACCUGAUGCUGGAGCUGCAGAAGGACAGCAUUAAGCUGGACGAGGACAGCGAGAGAAGAGUUGUGACCAUGCUGCUCAAACUGCUGGAAGACAAGAAUGGGGAGGUGCAGAACCUGGCUGUGAAAUGCCUGGCGCCUCUGGUGAGCAAAGUGAAGGAGCCCCAGGUGGAGACGAUGGUGGACGUGCUGUGUUCAAACAUGACGUCGGACAAAGAGCAGCUGAGGGACAUUUCCAGCAUGGGACUGAAGACCGUGAUCGCAGAGCUGCCACUCACAUCCUCAGGUUUGACUCUGACAGGCAGCGUGUGUAAGAAGAUUACCUCCCAGCUGAUUGGUGCCAUGGGGAAACACGAUGAUGUGUCUGUGCAGUUAGAGGCCCUGGACAUCCUGUCGGACAUGUUGGGAAGGCUGAGUGGUGCACUGGUCAGUUUCCACAGCUCUCUGCUCUCCAGCCUUCUGCCUCAGUUAACCAGCCCCAGAAUGGCGGUCAGGAAGCGCUCCAUCUUAGCUCUCGGUCACCUGGUGCCCUGCUGCAGCCCUGCCCUCUUCUCCCAGCUGACAGAACACCUGAUGAAAGAGCUGGCCAAGGGUCCGCCCACAUCAAUGACAAGAACAUACAUCCAGUGCCUGGCAACCAUUAGUCGUCAGGGCGGCCAUCGAGUCGGUGAACAUUUAGAGAAGUUGAUCCCAAUGGUGGUAAAGUUCACCGGAGUAGAAGAUGAUGAGCUGAGAGAGUAUUGUUUCCAGGCCUUUGAAGCUUUUAUACGCAGGUGUCCAAAGGAGAUGUCGCCUCACAUUGCCACAGUGACUCAGCUUUGUCUUAAGUAUAUGACCUUUGACCCCAACUACAACUAUGAUGACAACGAGGAGGAGGAUGAAGAUAGAAUGGACAUAGAUGAUGAGCUUGAGGAAGAGUCAGACGACGAGUACAGUGAUGACGAUGACAUGAGCUGGAAGGUGCGGCGCUCUUCCAUCAAGUGUCUGGAGGCGUUGAUCAGCACGCGUCUGGACCUCCUGCUCUCCUUCUACUCCUCCAUCUGCCCCGCUCUGCUGGCACGAUUCAAGGAGCGCGAGGAGAACGUCAGGGCCGACGUCUUCACUGCUUUUUCAACGUUGCUGAGACAAACACGGGUGGCAUCGAGUCGCCACAGCCUCAUCGUGUCUGGUUCAGAUCCCGGGGUGAGAAGAGAGGAGGAGCCGGCAGUCGCCUUGCUGAAAAAACAGGUGCCGGCGACUGUAAAGGCCCUCCACAGACAGCUGAAGGAGAAGAGCAUCAAAUCCCGACAGGGUUGCUUCUGUCUCCUCACUGAGCUGGCUCACACUGUACCGGGAGCCCUGGAAGAGCAUAUACCUGCCCUGAUACCUGGCAUCGUCUUCUCCCUGACAGACAAAUCCACCCUGUCCACCAUGAGGAUCGAUGCGCUCUCCUUCUUCAACGUCCUGCUCCUCUCCCACCCUCCUCAGGCCUUUCAGCCACACAUGCAGGUGCUGCUGCCCCCAGUGAUUGCAUGCAUUGAGGACACGUUCUAUAAAAUCACCUCAGAGGCUCUGCUGGUCAUCCAGCACCUGGUCAAAGUGAUGAGACCGCAGGGACAAGCAGGAGGAUUUGACCCUAAACUGUUCGUUAAAGAGGUGUUUUCUGUAACGAUGAAGCGGCUCAAAGCAACAGACAUCGACCAGGAAGUAAAAGAACGAGCGAUUUCCUGUAUGGGUCACAUUGUUUGUCACCUUGGUGACCACCUGAGGGCAGAAGUUCAGGCAGUCUUGGCGAUCUUUCUGGAGAGAUUAAAGAAUGAGAUCACAAGACUAACAGCAGUUAGGACCAUCACCCUCAUCGCUGCCUCUCCGUUAAAGAUCGACAUGUCACCCAUCCUGCCAGAAGCGCUCUCUGUGCUGGGAUCUUUCUUGAGGAAGAAUCAGCGGGCGUUGAAGCUCGGGACGCUGGCGUGUCUGACGGCGCUGGUCACUCAUCACGCUGCCAGCAUUAAACCUGCAGCCCUGGAGCCCGUGCUGAGCGAACUUCCUACUCUGGUGGAUGAGAGUGACAUGCAUGUUUCACAGGUGUCCAUCACCUUGCUGACCGGUAUGGCCAAAGCCUACCCCUCGACUCUGGCUAAGAUCAGCUCGUCUGUUCUGCCGGGAGUCUUCAGACUCAUCCAUUCACCGCUCCUGCAGGGUAGCACUCUGGAAGCAAUACUCGAGUACUUGCAAGCACUGGUGCUGUCCAAAACCAGUAAUCUGAGCUACAGUCAGUUGCUGAAGUCUCUCAUGGAGCCGUUUCACAGAUCUCAGUCUUCUGCAGAUGGCAGCAUCGUCCAUAGGCAGUCCUACCACUCAGUCGCUCGUUGUGUGGCUGCUCUGUCCUCUGCUUCUCCCAAAGAGACUCCUGGCACUGUGGCCGGCUUCAUACAGCAGGUGAAGAAUCCCGGCUCUCCAGAGGCUGCUCGUGUCCUCGCCCUGUUGUGUCUGGGGGAGGUGGGGAGGAAGGGCAGUCUGGGAGGAAGUAAGGAGGUGCAGGGAGUCAUCUUGGAGGCUUUCUCUUCCACCAGUGAAGAGGUGAAGACGGCAGCCUCCUGCGCUUUAGGCAGCAUGGCCGUCGGCUGCCUGAGCGAUUACCUGCCCUUCCUCCUGAAGGAGAUCUCAGCCCAGCCACGGAGACAGUACCUGCUCCUUCACUCCCUCAAAGAAGUCAUCAGUGUCUGCCCAGCCUCCAGUCUCUCGCCCCAUGUAGAGUCUGUGUGGGCCUUGCUGUUUCAGAACUGCGAGUGUCAGGAGGAGGGCACCAGGAACCUGGUGGCUGAAUGUUUGGGAAAACUCACUUUAGUCAAUCCGGCAGCACUUCUGCCUCGACUUAAACAACAACUUAAAACUGGUUCUCCUUUAGCUCGCAGCACCGUGGUAACAGCCAUCAAGUUCACUAUUGUUGACCACCCGGCACCUAUAGAUUCACUGCUGAAAGACUGCAUAGGUGACUUCCUGAAGACCCUGCAGGAUGAGGACAUCAAUGUGCGACGUAUCGCCUUGGUAAUGUUUAACUCAGCAGCUCAUAACAAACCGUCUCUGAUCCGCGGUCUCCUGGGAAGAGUGCUGCCUCACCUCUACAAGGAGACCCAGAUCAGGAAGGACCUCAUCAGAGAAGUGGAGAUGGGUCCGUUCAAGCACACUGUUGAUGAUGGGUUGGAUGUGCGUAAAGCUGCAUUUGAGUGUAUGUACAGUCUUCUGGACAGCUGCCUGGAGGGGCUGGACAUCCUGCAGUUCCUGGAUCAUGUAGAGGAAGGACUCAAAGACCACUAUGAUAUCAGAAUGUUGACCUUCCUGAUGCUGGCCAGACUGGUUUCUCUGUGUCCUGCUGCUGUUCUCCAGAGACUGGACAGGCUGGUGGAACCGCUUAAAGCGACCGUCACCACCAAAGUGAAGGCCGGUUCUGUGAAGCAGGAGUUUGAAAAGCAGGAGGAGCUGCGGCGCUCGGCCAUGCGUGCUGUCGCCGCCCUGCUGGCUGUGCCUGAGGUGGAAAGAAGCCCCAGCAUGGCCGAAUUUGCCAAUCAAAUCAAAACCAGCACUGACAUGGCGUCUAUCUACCAGAGCAUCAAGGGAGGGGAGGGUGGGGGUAUAGGAGCCACAGAGAGCAUGGAUAUGAGCUAGAAACAUGCUGGAGAUGUUCAUGAGAAUGUUUUUAUCGAUGAGCUUUAGGCACAGCACAUUAAACUGAUCUGUGUUUGUACA